CCCUGAAGGCAGCGCUGCUGCACACACAUGCUAUCAACACUGCAUGUAGCUUGUUGCUAGCAUCUCCACAACAUGGGAAAGUAAAGUGACAGCGUGCUGGUUAAAGCCAAAGUUAGCCUGCUGGAAUGAAGACAGUAUAACAGUUUAAUUAGUCCAGUUGGUAUUUGUUUAGGGAGAGCUGCCAAAAUGGUGAAGGAGCAGUUCAGAGAGACAGAUGUGGCCAAAAAAAUAAGCCACAUCUGCUUUGGGAUGAAAUCUGCUGAACAAAUGCGUCAGCAGGCCCACAUCCAGGUGGUCAGCAAGAAUCUGUACAGUCAAGACACCAAACACACUCCGCUGUCCUAUGGAGUGUUGGACCACCGAAUGGGCACCAGUGAGAAAGACAGACCCUGUUUGACAUGUGGGAAGAAUCUGGCAGAUUGCUUGGGACAUUAUGGCUACUUGGAUCUAGAGCUGCCGUGUUUUCAUGUUGGCUAUUUCAAAGCCAUCAUAGGAAUUUUACAGAUGAUUUGCAAGACGUGCUCAAGCAUUAUGCUGACAAAAGAGGAGAAACUGCAGUUCAUGGAUUUCUUGAAAAGGCCCAACCUGGCCUAUCUCCAGAAACGAGGCUUGAAGAAGAAGAUCUCUGAUAAAUGCCGCAAAAGGACAAUUUGUCUUAAUUGUUCCGCAUUCAAUGGACCGGUGAAAAAGUGCGGCCUGCUCAAGAUCAUCCAUGAGAAGUAUAAAACAACCAAGAAGGUGGUGGAUCCUUUUGUGUCAGAAUUCAUACAGUCCUUUGACAUCGCCAUAGAGCACAACAAAGUGAUGGAGCCUCUGCUGACCAGAGCACAGGAAAACCUGAAUCCUCUGGUGGUGUUAAACAUGUUCAAGAGGAUUCCCCAAGAAGACAUUCCCCUGCUGCUGAUGAACCCUGAGGCAGGGAAACCUGCAGACCUCAUUCUUACCCGCCUCCUGGUGCCUCCCCUCUGCAUACGACCCUCUGUGGUCAGCGACCUGAAGUCAGGCACCAAUGAAGACGACCUCACCAUGAAGCUCACCGAGAUAAUCUUCCUCAACGAUGUCAUCAAAAAGCAAUCGCCGAUGGACGAUGGCAUCGUCUAUCUGCCGAACCCUAUUGCCACGUUUCCCUUAAUUGUCAGUUUGAUGAAAUCAUGUGUUUUCUCGCACAGAGCUCAGAUGGAGCCAGGCUCAGCAGUGGGGGCCCUGUGUGCACAGAGCAUCGGGGAGCCCGGUACUCAGAUGACCUUGAAAACUUUCCAUUUUGCUGGUGUAGCAUCCAUGAAUAUCACUCUGGGGGUGCCUCGCAUCAAAGAGAUCAUUAAUGCCUCCAAGAACAUCAGCACGCCUAUAAUCACUGCUCAUUUGGAUGUGGAAGACGACGCUGACUUUGCCAGGCUAGUUAAGGGGAGGAUAGAGAAAACUCUUCUAGGAGAGAUUUCUGAGUACAUUGAAGAAGUGUUUCUGCCAGAUGACUGUUUCAUUCUGGUGAAAUUGUCACUGGAGAGAAUAAGGCUGCUGCGACUGGAGGUAAAUGCAGAAACGGUGCGUUACUCCAUCUGCAUGUCUAAACUACGAGUGAAACCUGGAGACAUCGCUGUGCACGGCGAGGCGGUGGUGUGCGUGUCUCCACGAGAGAACAGCAAAAGCUCCAUGUACUAUGUGCUGCAGUCAUUAAAAGAGGAACUGCCUAAGGUGGUGGUUCAAGGCAUACCUGAGGUUUCCCGAGCUGUCAUUCACAUCGACGAACAGAGCGGCAAGAACAAGUACAAACUCCUGGUGGAGGGGGACAACCUGAGAGCUGUCAUGGCAACGCACGGAGUGAAUGGAAGCAGGACCACUUCAAACAAUACGUAUGAGGUUGAGAGGACCUUGGGUAUUGAGGCUGCUAGAUCCACCAUCAUCAAUGAGAUUCAGUACACCAUGGUGAACCACGGAAUGAGCAUUGACCGGCGUCACGUCAUGCUUCUAGCAGAUCUCAUGUCCUAUAAGGGGGAGAUAUUGGGAAUCACCAGGUUCGGUUUAGCCAAAAUGAAGGAGAGUGUCCUCAUGCUGGCCUCCUUCGAGAAAACAGCUGAUCAUCUCUUCGACGCCGCCUACUUCGGUCAAAAGGACUCUGUCUGUGGUGUAUCUGAGUGCAUCAUUAUGGGGAUUCCAAUGAACAUCGGAACAGGACUGUUUAAACUCCUUCACAAGGCUGACAAGGAUCCCUCUCCUGUCAAAAGGCCUCUCCUCUUUGAUAGUGCCGACUUCCAUAUACCUCUGUUCACAUAGCAUCAAGGAAAGAAACGGCAGCGGUGUGUGAAAUUUGUGAAUUUCCCAGAGCCUGUUGUCUAUAGACAUUUUAAGAUUAUCUUCAGCAAAUAGAGAAGUGCCUGCCACAGUGUCGGAUCAUUUCCUGUUUGGGGAUUUACCAGAAAAGGAGGUUGUCUUCUUUUUUGCCGCGACGUUGUUGCUGACGCCACAGACUCUGAGAAUGCUGCAUUUAAUUUUACAAAGCAAGUUUGUUAGCAUGCAAGAGUUAGUGGAGUUGCUUAUUAUUUCAGUUUCAAUAUUGUAAUCUGUGAGGAGAAUACAGAAAAUUUAAGAUGCUUGUUCUUUUCUGGCUUUUUACUUGUUUAUUAAACUGUGUUUUCUCGGUUAUUAAGAAGUUACAUAAUAUGUUCCCUCAAUGUAAUGACAUUGAACACUGUGAGAAAUCUUUUUGGCGGCAUUUUGUAUGUAUAACAUAAUUCAGUUAUAUAAACGUGUGCAGCAGACUUGAGAAUACUUCUUAAUCAUAAAGCAGACUUGACCUCUUCUGUACGGGCACUUAUUUUUACAUAAGGACUUUUUCUCAUUCACACUGCAAAAACCAGUUCAAUUUAUCUUUUUUUUGUUUUGAUACAAGAUUCAGAUCUGCAGGGGUUCCCUGAGAUUGAAAUCUUCAAUCCCUUAUGAAGUCUAUUCAUAUAAUAAUGUAUAUAUGUAAUAAAAUUAAAUGACCCAGAAAAA